UUUAAUAUAUGCAUGUUAAUUUUCGGAAAAGGGCCUGUAAUAGUACGUACUGUUACUGACAGUAUAUAAACUUAAAUACUCACUGAUGAAUCAAUCACCUGCUGAAUACAAAUAUAUUCUGCAUUUUCUACGACAUAAAAGGAUAUUAUAUGAUUUUAUUGGCUCAAUAGUUUUAGUUGCCGAAUCAAGAUCCUUUGAAGCAAACGAUGGGCGUGCGAGGUUUGUUAACACUGGUACACGACAACAAGGAAGUCCUUCUUCGUGAUUUUGAACUUCAUGACACUCGACUCAUUAUUGAUGGCUCGAAUCUGUUCCACUUCUUAUACGACUUCUAUCAUGUGCCAGGCGAGUAUGGUGGGAACUAUGACAACUAUGCGAACAAGUGUAAAACCUUCUUCACCAUACUUCGGGCGUGUAAGGUGGAGCCGUACGUUGUUCUGGACGGUGGGUAUGAUCCAGAUAACCGAAAAUGGAACACUGUGGUUCAACGUAAGGCGUCUAGAAGAGAGCGCGCUGGUCUGAUAUGUGAGAAAGGCCCUGAAGCAACAGAGGAACAUGUUCUUCCGAUUCUAUGUCAAGUAACUUUCCUCCAUGUCCUGCGUGAGCUUCAGAUACCACACGUCACGUGUCCAUAUGAGGCAGACAGAGAAAUAGCAGUGUUGGCCAAUAAGUGGAAUUGCCCAGUUCUAAGUAAUGAUAGCGAUUUCUUUAUUUUCAAAUUGAAAGAUGGAGUUAUACCUCUCCAACAUGGUAGGACAUGUUUUAUCGACAUGAAAUUGCGGCUACAUUCCAAGACGGAGCAAUCUAGCUUGCUUGAACCAGAGGCUUUACCAACCGACCAGGAAUAUACAUACAUCGCUGUUAAGCAUUACCACUACAGUCGUUUAAUUGAGAGAGUCUGUGGGCCUUGGGGGUUCCUACCAAUUUUCGCUACAUUUAGUGGUAAUGAUUAUGUAGAUAAAACCCAUUUGAAGUCUUUCUACAGAGCGAUAUGUAAGCAGUAUAAAGAUGAACCUCUAAACCUGAGGGCCAAGGUUCGAAUGACGUCAAUAGUCCAUUGGUCAAUGGGCGUACAAUUGGAUGAAAACGCUAUUAAAUACGUAUUGCAACAUUUAGUAGACCUAUCCUCCGGGCAGAAAUCGGAACUGCGAGCCGCCAUUCGCUACUCCAUAGAUAGUUACACAAACAUCGCAGAUUUCGCUACCAUGGAUGUCGAAAAGUUCUUCAAUGCGGACACAAGUUGCAUAUCGGAAUUUGAUCUUGGAACGAUAAGUGACUACGUCACUAAAAAUCCAUUGCCAGUGCCUUAUCCGGAGAUGUUAAGAACCUGCAAAAUGGCGGGAUCAUUCAUGCAGAAUGUGGCUGUGAACCACAGAGUGAUUUUCGAUUGCCAGAUCGAACACUUGGCUGAACCUUCAACGUAUGUUUGCUCCAGAUACAUUAGAAGUGUCCUCUAUGGCUUGACAACGUCAUUCAUCAGGCCAAAAUCUAAAUACUCUAAAGUCAAGACAGACGAUCUAGUCGACUUAAAAGGCACAAGGAAAAGUUGCAUCGAAGAAAGCGACAGACAGAAAGCCGAUAGGAUGAAGGUCUAUAUUAAGCCUACGACGGAGGUUUUUUACGGAUCUCAAUCUUUGAAAGUUCCAUCGUUGCAAAAUGUCCCAGAAAGAACCGUAGAGGAGAGGCUAAACAUCAUGUUUGGCACUUUAGGACUGAAUUCUGAAUUAACCGAAUUCAUCUCUAGCGACCCGUGUACCACGUUCCUUAUAGGUGUCCUGCGCUUUUGGUGGACAAAUGCAGAACCAAAGGUUACAGAGAAUCAUUUGAUCGCCGCUAUUAUUGGCUUGAUUUUAUUGCACGCUGAGGUUUUUGUUGAGGUUAUGAAAAGGAACCCCGAUGCAAGUGAAACAGUUAAUCUACCAUGCUUGGUUCCAAGUAUCAUAAACGCAAUUAAAACGCAAGGUAACGAUCGGGUGAUUGAGUUUGCUAGUAAAAUGUCUAUUCACCGAAACGCACGUACUGAUCAAGCAUCAUGGGGAAGCAAAGAAACCAAGAUAAUUCACGGCUUCUCACAGUUACAGACCUGCUACAAGAGCGCAUUGCACCUAAAUCAGGCCCUGAUGUCACCAGUGGACCUCCCCAGCCCUGCCGUUCUCUUCAAUUGUACGUUCAUGUACAACGUUUGCAGGAGCCUUGACACAUCUAAAGACACUGAUUGUUUAGACAACCUUUGCAAGAGUCUUGAUGCAUCUAAAAUCACUUGUUCAGACAACCUUUGCAAGAGUCUUGAGACAUCUACAACCACUGAUUGUUCAAACAACGUUUGCAGGAGCCUUGAGACAUCUACAACCACUGAUUGUUUAAACAACGUUUGCAGGAGCCUUAAGACAUCUGAAAUCACUGAUUGUUCAAACAACGUUUGCAGGAGCCUUGAGACAUCUACAACCACUGAUUGUUUAAACAACGUUUGCAGGAGCCUUAAGACAUCUGAAAUCACUGAUUGUUCAAACAACGUUUGCAGGAGCCUUGAGACAUCUACAACCACUGAUUGUUUAAACAACGUUUGCAGGAGCCUUAAGACAUCUGAAAUCACUGAUUGUUCUAACAACGUUUGCAGGAGCCUUGAGACAUCUGAAAUCACUGAUUGUUCAGAAAUGUUCGAUUUGGAUUCCCCGCUGCAUGCUUUGUUUAUGUUGUGGAAAUCUGCUGUCAAAUCAUCCGAGCUCGAAAAGCCUAAAGACGGUGCUGCCCGGGGCCAUAAGGCAGUUGACAAGAAAAUAAAAAUCAAGCGAUCCAAACACGGGAAAUAAAGUUUGGUCUUUAUGGGCACCAGCGUUUUAACUUUUACAGGCACUCCACAGUCGACUCAAAGAAUACUGACUUUCGAUAUGAAUGUCUAAACUGGCGAUGAUUUUCUUGAACAAUUUUAUAAAAACGCUAAUUUGAAAGUGCUUCGUUAUCGAUAAGUUGUCUUUUUAAUUAGCGUUGUAUGUUUUCCAUAAGUUUAUAACUACAUAUGAUUGAUUGAUUGAUUGAUCUCGCUGCCAUAACAAGAUUUGAAUAAACACAUACAUUUAAUGAUGUCGCUUAAUAAUGUUAAAUUAUUGUUUUUAGUACCGCAUUAAUAUGUUGUAAGGCUUUGAAAAAGUUAAAGUCUAGGAAAAUGUCACAGAAAUACAAAAUUAUGUUCAAUAUGUUGUCUCGUAGUAUCAA